AGACCGCCCGCGACCAUCGUUUCCUCGAUCGUCUCCAUCUCCCCGCCUCCAUCCCGUCCAUUCUGCGUCCGCUGCUGCUUCCCUCUCCGCCCCUCCAGUUGUCGCCAACAAACAACACCCCGAUCUACAUCCAUCCAUUCAUUCAUCCAUUCAUCUAUUCAUCCAUUCAUCCAUUCGUUCACCCAACCGACCGACUGGCCAACCAACACACUCUCAUCGAUGGAUCGCACUCUCUCACGGCAGCAUCUCGUGCAGGUCAUCCGAUCGAUCUGUGCCGACCAAGGCUGCGACGAAGUAGAAGAUGGCGCUCUCGAUGUCAUCUACGAGAUGAUGAUUGCAUUCUUUGUCGAUGUGUCGACCAAAAUCAAGCUUCAUGGCGAGCACACUCUCCAUUCAGCCCCAAGUUUCUACGACAUGAUUUUGCCUCUGCAAGAAUGUGGCAUUGAGGCGGCAGAGCUGGUUCAAUUCUUCCACUCGCUUCCUCGGCCGACGUCCAGUGGUCCAGAGCUUCAGGCAGCCUCCGAGGCCUUUCAAAACGCCAUGGUUAUCCCGAGCGACUGGACCCUGGACGACCAGCUGCAAACCUGGACCAGCAUCGAUCGGACGGAUGACCCGCUGCCCGAUCCGAUACCCAAGUACUUCCCAACCUUUCCGCAGAAGCACUCGUACAUGUCCACCAAGCUGGACUCGAAAAAGCCGGCAGAGGGCCCGGCAUUCAUGCAAGAGUACUCGCUGCAGGCCCGGCAGGUCGAGGACAAUCUGCGACUGCUCCUGGAGGGCUCUGCUCUUUCUGCUGAGCAGCAGCACCAACAACAGCAGCAUCAGCAGCAGCAACACGGCGGCGGUACUGGCUUUGUGCAUUACGAUGGGCCGAUAUGCCGCACCUCAUCCAGCAAUACACGGCGGUAGCCCUUACUUCUUGGUUCAA